CAUGGUUCGACACUCGGAAUGGGUCUGAAUUUCCCUUCACAGCUAUUUCUGAGUGCACUUCACAGUCUGGACCCUUUGACUGAUGAUCUGAGGACGGAUGGAUUGUGCCGUGACUGCAUUUGUUUGAUAGAUCUUACUCUUUGCCUUUCAGCACUGCUGUCCGCCAGGACCUGCCCCAAAGCUCUAAUACCAAUUUCUCCAGCAUCCAAUGCAGGCGUGGACAGCCACCCUAGCGAGGCGAUCCCGGGAGCCAACCACAUUGUUCCAGUCACUAAAAUCUCACAGGAGAAGAAGUGCCGGCCUGACAGAUUCAGCGAGCAUCAACUCAGAGAGUUGUGGGCACGGUUUGAAGUCACGCGAUACCUGACGACUGAACAAGCUCAAUCCCUGUCUUCUCAGCUGGGUCUGACAAUGCUGCAGGUUAGAAACUGGUUCCGGAAUCACAGGAAGAAAUACAAGCUGUGGAUUGCCCCGAGACUUCAGACGCCCGUAAGAAUCUCUGUGGGGGACAUGCAGGGAGCUACGCCCUUCCCUUCAGCCUUGCAAUACCACGUCUGGAGCGGGAAGGAUGUGGAUGCAUUUCCAACCCCGCUGAUGACCAAUAUCAUUUCCGGAAGCAUUGCCACGUCAUCUCUUCUCAACCAGUCCGGGAGAUACAUUUAG